AUGAGUUCGGCCGGCAAGUCUGUUGAGCCUGUGACGGUGGAGUCGUUGAAGGUCGAGGUUGAAAAACUGGCAACCCAGGUCAGGAAAAAUACGAAUGCUAUUAUUGACACGGGCCGCCAUGUGCUCAGUAUUCAGAUUGAACAUGAGAAGCAGUUGCUAGCUAAAGAAGGUCUCUCUGAAACCCGUGAAGUUGCUACUGGUACUGGCAGUGGUGUAACUGGUGCUGGUGGUGCUGGUAGUUCAGUGAUAGAUUCAAAAUCGUACAGAGAAAGAAAACGUGACAUUGAUUUGGAUUCGGAUGACGAAGUGGACGACCGGGGAGCUGGUCGCAGUGGAGGCCAGGGAGGGUCGAAUGACGCUAUUACUUCAGAAGAUAUCGUUGAUCUGGUGACAGAAUUACAGGGCCAGCUGGAUAUGCUCGACGAGCGGUCGGUCAGACGGACUGCUAAUGCGUUUGUGGCAGCCGAGUCGGAUCCUAUAGCCCCUCUACCGGGUCGCGACGGCGAGUUCCCAGCCGAAACCGAAUCAUUUCCAGCCACUCUGGGCGAGUUUAAGGCCCUGGACACGAGCCAAGUCGAGUUCUGGCUGAAAUGGUACGAACUGCUGCCACCCGACGAAGAAGAACUGGCUCAACUGCUCGACCGAGCCGGUGCUACCCUCGAAGACGUCGGCCAACCAGCGUCCACAGCCCCUAAACCAGAACCCUCUAUCGACGAAACCAACGCCAAUUUCGACUCUCUGGCACGUUUUCUCGGUAUCCGGGCUCGCAGGACGAAGGGUGUUUGGUAG